CCACCGCUAUUUCAUUGUUCUCUUCUCUUUUGUGCUGUACAAUCUACCAAGCAUUUCUCUCUUCCAAACUACUGAACCAAAUAUGGCUGCUGAUCGGAUCCUCGGUUCUGUUUUGGAUGCCACCUUAUCCAAGGUGAUUUCAGUUGUUAACGAGCAGCUCAACGUAGCUAUCGGAUUCGAGGAGGAGCUGAGGAGGUUUGAUGGCAAGCUGAAAAUGAUCCAGGGUGUGUUGCAGGAUGCAGAGCAGAAGGGAAUGGUAGGCGACCCUGUUCUGAAGUCUUGGCUUGAAGGGCUUCGGAGUCAAGCUGAAGAGGCUGACGAUAUGAUGGAUGAAAUUGCAUAUGAAAAUCUGCGGUGCAAGGUAGCUCAAAUGUCGGAAAAGGUCAGCUACUUCUCUACUCUUUUCAAUCCUUUAGCUUUUCGCCUUAAGAUGGCGAACAGGAUUAAGAGUUUAAAUUUAGAACUAGAUGGUCUUAAUAAGAUAGCCACUGACUUAGGGCUGCAACAAAGACUUGCAAGCAAGCAUCCUGAACAUAUAGAAACCCAACAAACAGAUUCCUUAAUUGAUGAUCCAUCAAAAUUUGUAGGAAGAGAAAAUAAGGUCUUAGAAGUCGUUGAAUCAUUGAUUGACUCAAGUAAUGAUCAACCUCUCCUUGUUGUAUCCAUAGUGGGUAUGGGAGGCAUAGGCAAAACUACUGUGGCCAAACUAGUAUUAGAGAUGUUGCAAGCUUGUGGUGAAAAUGUUUCUGUGGAUGUAAAUCAAGAUAUUGUAGUUCAAAAACUACAGGAAAAAUUGAGGGAGGAAAAAUUGAGGGAGGAAAAAUUGAGGGAAGAAAAAUUGAGGGAGGAAAAAUUGAGGGAGAAAAAUUAUCUUCUCAUAUUAGAUGAUGUGUGGAAUGAAGAUUGGCAAAAAUGGGAAUCCUUGAGGAGCUGUUUGUUGGGAAUAGGUAAAAAAGUUGGGAGUAGGGUUCUUAUCACAACUCGAAGUGAAAAUGUAGCUUCCACUGUGGUAACACUUUCUAAGCACAUGCAUCAUCUCGAGAAGCUAACAGAUGAGGAUUGUUGGUAUAUAAUCAAGCAGAGAGCAUUUGUCAGUUCAUCAGUCUCUUCAGAAUUGGAGGGGAUUGGAAGGGAUAUUGCUAGCAAAUGUGGAGGUUUAGCGUUGGUUGCAAAUGUUAUUGGGGGGUUUUUGUGCAAUAAUAUGAAGAAGGAUGACUGGUUAUCAAUUAAAGAUAAUAGUGAAGUAUGGGGUUCAAUAGAAGAAGCUAAUGGAGUUCUACGAGUGUUGCAAUUGAGUUUCAAUCGCUUGCCAAUACCUGCUUUGAAACAAUGUUUUGCUUUUUGUUCUAUUUUCCCUAAAGAUUUUGUCAUGGGAAAGGAGAUGUUAAUCCAACUCUGGAUGGCUGAAGGAUUUCUUCAGCCAUUUAGUGAAACACACUUGGAGAUGGAGGAUGUCGGUGAUAAGUAUUUCAAUGCAUUGUCAUCAUAUUCUUUAUUUCAGAAUGUUGAAAGAGAUCCUUAUGGGAGCAUUAUUACUUGCAAAAUGCAUGAUUUAAUUAAUGAUCUUGCACAAUCUGUUUCAAAGUCCCAAACUUUGAUUUUGGAAGAUGGUAGUGGAAGAAAUAUUCCUGCAAACAUUCAACAUUUGAAUGUCAUUUCUGAUAAGGAUACGACAACAACAAAAUUAGGGGAUGUCCCUAAAAAUUUGCACACUUUGUUUUCACAAAUUGAUGUCUUUCACAGUAUGUCAACGAACUUGAAAAAGGUGCGGGUUCUCAGUUUCUGUGGAGCUAAUAUUGAUGAGUUGCCAGCUUUUUUGGAGAAAAUGAAGCAUUUAAGAAUUGUAAGGCCUUUGGAAGGAAUAUGGGAUUUACUCAAUUUGAGACACAUUUGUUUCAAUGAUGAAAAGCUUAUGCCAGCAGGGAUUGGUAGACUAACUUGUUUGAAAACAUUACAAUUAUUUGUUGUGGGCCAACAGAAGGGACAUCAAAUUGAAGAAUUGGGGCGUUUAAACCAACUCAGGAGAAAAUUAGAGAUUCGUAAUUUGGAUAUGGUUAGAGACAAAGAAGAAGCCAUGGGAGCAAGACUUUCUGAAAAGGAUGCAAUUCAGGAGUUGCAAUUGGUGUUUGGUGAGGAAUCUAGUGGUAGUGAAGAUAGAUGCACACAAGAUGAAGACAUCUUGGAAGGCCUCCAACCUCAUUCAAAUUUGAAAGGCCUAACCAUUGAAUGCUACUGUGGUAAAAGCUGUCCCUCAUGGAUGUUAGAAACAAAAAAUUUUCUCAAAAAUCUGAUGUUCAUGACCUUUUAUGAAUGUCCCUGGUUGGAAAGCAUUCCAUCACUUUCGCUCAGCAAUGAGGCAAAGGUGGAAAUUAAAAAUUGCAAGAAUUUGAAAAGCAUUGCAUGUUGGUUCCUUCAGAAACUCAUCAUUGAGGAAUGUGAAGAACUGGUUGGGGUAGAGAUUGGACCAGUUGCCAUGAAGUCUCUCAAAGAAGUACACAUAGAGAGUUGUGGUAAAUUGGUAAAUCUUCCAAUGAUUAGUAAAUUACAAUCUCUUGAGGUAUUUGAACUUCAGCAAUGCAAGGAAUUGAAGAUGAUUGGAGAUGAUGCUCCAUUUAACUCCACGUGUCUACAAGAGUUAAAUAUUCAGGAUUGUGAUAGCCUGAUGUCCAUACCCAGUGUAGAUGGGUUGUCCUCUCUUCAAAAAAUUAAUAUACGUUGCUGUGAGCAAUUGAAAAGCAUAGGAGAGGAUUUAUCUACUGCCACGUGUCUCAAAGAGUUGACUAUAUGGUCGUGCGAUGGUUUGAUGUCCUUUCCGAACCUCCAUGGGCUGUCCUCUCUUCAAAAAAUUGAUAUAUACAACUGUGAGCAAUUGAAAAGCAUAGGAGAGGAUUUAUCUACUACCACGUGUCUCAAAGAAUUGACUGUAAGCUUGUGCAAGGGUUUGAUGUCCUUACCGAACCUCCAUGGGCUGUCCUCUCUUCAAAAAAUUGAAAUAGACAGGUGUCGGCAAUUGAAAAGCAUAGGAGAGGAUUUAUCUACUGCCAUGUGUCUCAAAGAGUUGACUAUACAGUCAUGCAUUGGUUUGAUGUCCCUUCCGAACCUCCAUGGGCUGUCUUCUCUUCAAAAAAUUAAAAUAGACAACUGUGGGCCAUUAAAAAGCAUAGGAAAUGAUUUAUCUACUGUCACGUGUCUCAAAGAGUUGACUAUAAACUACUGCGAUGGUUUGAUGUCCUUACCGAACCUCCAUGGGCUGUCCUCUCUUCAAAAAAUUGAAAUAUACAGCUGUGAGCAAUUGAAAAGCAUAGGAGAGGAUUUAUCUACUGCCACGUGUCUCAAAGAGUUGACUAUAUGGUGGUGCGAUGAGUUGAUGUCCUUUCCGAACCUCCAUGGCCUUUCAUCUCUUCAGACUUUAUAUAUAAUGGGUUGUCGUGGAUUAAGAAGUUUGCCAAGUGGGUUGCCAUCAUGCACUGCUCUUGAGGAAUUGGGUAUCGCCCAUUUUCAUAAUCUAAUCUCUAUUCCAGAUGAUUUGAGGAGGAGUUGGAGCAUCCCUAACCCUGCUUGCCUUGCUCGGCUGAAGAAGCUGACUAUUGGUAAUUUCUCAACAAAGCUCGAGGAAUUUCCAGAUCUGGGCUUCAUCGGAUCUCAUCUUGAAGAAUUGGAAUUGUAUGCAUGGGGAAAACCAAGAGAACGUCUGCUGGAUCAAAUUCAACACCUAACUGCCCUUAAGUCUCUUGAAAUAAGCGGUUUUGAUGGACUAGAAGCUUUGCCGAAUUGGUUUGGAAACUUAUCCUCUCUUCAAACUCUGAAGAUUCACAACUGCGAAUCUUUGAAACAUAUGGAAGCCAUCCGAUGCCUCUCCAGAUUAGAGAGGCUUUUUAUUGAAAGAUGUCGUGAGUUAGAGGAAAGAUGCACCAGAGGAAGUGGUUCCGAGUGGGACUGCAUCUCUCACAUUCGAAACAUCAAAAUAGACUACAGAAGGAUCCAAUGGGCAGGAGCUCCCAUUGAGAUUCCUAGUCAACUGCAUCAGGAUGAUGACAGUGAGCAGCAGGUUGAUGAUAAUGAGCAGCAAGAUGAUGAUAGUGAGCAACAAGUUGAUGAUAAUGAGCAGCAGAUUUUGAAUUCAAACUUGGAAGAAUCUGCAACUGAGGGGAUUCAGACCAUGGAGAUAGAAAUGGAAAACAAGCCAAUGAAUGCAAAACAUGGAUUGGAGUUCUAUUAGGUGUUAUGGUUUCAAUAGGGUUUGAUUGCUGUAAUUGUAGGCCAUCCAUUGGCCUUGAAACACCUAACAAAUGCUCAUCGAACGAGCAAAAAGCAGUUAGAAAGGCACUGUCAUCAAGAGAAAUUAAGAAUGAUUCUGGUAUGUUCCCUGAGUCUCAAGCAUUUAAGCAUGGGCUUUCUGAUUUUUUAAUCUUUUGUUAAUUAGUACAAUGAGCAUAGUCUUAUGGUAAAACUAAUUAAGAUUCUUCCUUUAAAAGUUAUUGGACCAUAAGGUUUUAAUCUCUUGGAGGUGGUCAAUUUCAGUCAGCUGGGAGAGUGACAGGAUGUCGAUCAGUCUAUUAUACCUUGAGUAGGUAAAUCACUUCUGAGUUCAAUUUGUUUCAAAGAAUGGCAGCUGAUGCAAAGUUGCUCAUGGACUUCCAAUUUGUAGGUUUCUUUCUGUUGAGUUGUCAUUGACUAAGGUGUACCCUGACUCCAGGGACAUCUCAACCCAUAAUGACUCUAACUCCUUGAAAGUAUGUUUUGAGUAGAAUUA